AUGAUCGACUUCCGCAAGAUCGACGUCGACCAGUACGACGACGAGGCGCUGCUCGAGAGCGACCUCGUCGAGCCCGACGCGCGCCCGCCCGCGCAGAUCCUCGCCGACGCCAAGGCCAAGAGCACCGAGGUGCGCGGCCUGAUCCAGCGGGGCGACGCGAAGGGCGCACUGGCAGCCGUGCUGGCGGACGCUCCGUACGGCGCCCAGGCAGCCGACGCAACAUCCACGACGCUCGGCGCGCUGCUCGACAUUCUCAACUCGACAAAGUCGUCGGACAUUGCCGGCCUCGUGCGGAAUCUCAGCAUCGACGAGCAGGACACGCUGAUGAAGUACAUCUACAAGGGCCUCGGCAGCCCCGAGCUCGGCGCCAGUGCCGUGCUGCUCGGCUGGCAUGAGAAGCUGACCGAGGUCGCCGGCACGGGCUGCAUCGUGCGGGUCAUGACGGACCACCGGCGAGUCUAGAGGGGGCGAUAUCACGAGAUGAGGGGGCACAGCAAUGUGACAUGGCAUAUCCGACAGCAAGCGCGUGGGCGUGGGCGUCGCGCCGGGUAUCUGGAGUGCGGGGACAGGAGUGGAUGCGGACAGGCU